UUUUCUGUUGGUGACCGAAGUAAUGGGAGUGUUUUGGGCCUUGCUUGUUCCUGUGCUGACUGUCUGGUUUACCAAAGGCUCUGGUUUGCCGGUUGGUGGCAAGAAUGAAAUGAGUGGUAAUGGGCAGCAGAGGACAAUGAGAGAUCUAUCUCCUAAUGACUCCUCCAUGAAGAAGGCCCUUACACUUCAGCAUUCACUUGAGUCUGUGUUGCUGAGGAAGUCUAAAGAAGUCCAACUGGAAACCAAUCAAGUGGAAGUGGCGACAUCAGCUGUCUACCUGCAUAUUGUUGAAAAGGCGCAGGGCGACAAGGGCAGCAGCAGCACAGGCCAGAACGGCACUGUGAGCGACUACUCGGCGGGCCAAAACAGCACUGUUUGGGACGAUGACUACCCUGGUGGUAACAACAGCACAGUGGGCGAGGAUGACGACGAUGUCCAAAAUGGCACAGUGGGCGACGCCGCAGGUGGCAACAACGGCACUCUGGGAGACGACGGCUACCCCAGCGGCAGCAACUGCACAGUGGGCGACUAUGACUACGAAGUCCAAAAUGGCACAAAGGGCAACGACGCCGCAGGCGGCAACUACUGGACUCUGGCCGACGACGACUCUGCAGGCCAAAACGCCACCGUGGGCGACGACGACUCUGCAGGCCAAAACGCCACCGUGGGCGACGACGACUCUGCAGGCCAAAACGCCACCGUGGGCAACGACUCUGCAGGCCAAAACGCCACCCUGGGCAACGAUGACUACGAAGUCCAAAACGGCACAGUGGGUGACUACUCCGCAGGCGGCAACAAUGGCACUCUGGGAGACGGCGGCUACCCCAGCGGCAACAACGGCACAGUGGGCGACUAUGACUACGAAAUCCAAAAGGACGGCACUCUGGGCGACGACUUUAAAGGCCGCAACAGCACUCUGGGCAAUAGUUCCUCUUAA